UUUAGGACCCCUAGCACGCCUGCCUGUACCACAACAUUAGCAGACAGGCUAGUUUACGGUAGCCCUGCUGAGACUAAAAACUAAAUAAAAUAAAAACAAACAAAUAUAAAAAUGGCUGAAGUGAAGGUGAAGAAGGAGACGAACCUGUCAGACCCUGCGGAGGUAGAGAACAGGAUCAAAGAGCUGUGUCAGCAGUUUCCUCAUGGUAUCACUGACCAGGUGAUCCAGAACGACAUGCCUCACCUGGAGCCUCAGCAGAGAGCCAUGGCCAUCAACAAGCUGCUCUCAUUGGGUCAGCUGGAUCUGCUGAGGAACAGCUCCGGUCUGCUCUACAGAAUGAAGGACACACAGAGCACCAGUAAAAUGAAAGGAUCAGACAACCAGGAGAAGCUGGUGUACCAGAUCAUUGAGGACGCCGGAAACAAAGGGAUUUGGAGCAGAGACAUCCGUUUUAAGAGCAACCUUCCUCUGACAGAGAUCAAUAAGAUCCUGAAGAACCUGGAGAGUAAGAAGCUCAUCAAGGCCGUCAAAUCUGUGGCUGCGUCUAAGAAGAAGGUCUACAUGCUCUAUAACCUGCAGCCCGACCGAUCGGUGACGGGCGGAGCCUGGUACAGUGAUCAGGACUUUGAGUCUGAGUUUGUGGAAGUCCUCAACCAGCAGUGCUUCAAGUUCCUACAGAGCAAGGCUGAGGCGGCGAGGGACAGUAAACAGAGUCCCAUGGUCCAGAGGAACAGCUCAUUCGCCACCUCUCAUGAAGUCUGGAAGUACAUCUGUGAGCUGGGAAUCAGCAAGGUGGAUCUGUCGAUGGACGACAUCGAGACCAUCCUGAACACGCUCAUCUACGACGGGAAGGUGGAGAUGACCGUCAUCGCCGCCAAAGAGGGAACGGUGGGCAGCGUGGACGGACAGAUGAAGCUGUACCGUGGCGUCAACGCCAUCCUGCAGCCCACCGGCCUGGUCAGGACGCCCUGCGGACUCUGCCCGGUGUUCGACGACUGCCACGAAGGAGGCGAGAUCUCGCCAUCAAACUGCGUCUACAUGACCGAGUGGUUGGACUUCUGACGGCUCGUCUCAUCCUUCCUUUUCUUCAUUCUCUCAUUUAUUUUCUAUUUAUGUCAAAGUUCAAUUAAAGUCAAAAGAGGA